ACUACUACACUAGUACACCAACACUAUCUAGCACCACCGCCAUGUAUCUGCGUCUCCUUGCUCUGCUCCUGCUAUGCGUCUCCUCGGGGAUGUCGGCCACCCUUCGCCACUCCAGACAGACCGUGGAGGAGGCGGAGGAGGAGGCCCCGGCACUGGUGACUGAGGAGGCCCCGGCGCUGGUGACUGAGGAAGCCCCGGCACUGGUGACUGAGGAGGCCCCGGCGCUGGUGACCGAGGAGCCCCCCUUGGCCCCUGAGGAGGAAUCCCCAGUUGCUGAGGCCCUGGUGGCAGAUAGCCAUGCGGCGGUCAUGGAAGAGGAACCCUCCAGCCCAGAAGCAGCAGCACAGGAGACCCUGGCUCUGGCAGCCGAGGAGCCUUCAGUGGAGGACAGCCCAGUCGAGGAGGCCCUUGCUGGGGACAGUCCUGCUGUGGAUAUCCCCCCUGUGGAAGAGGCACCAGUGGUGGAAGAGGCUCCUCCCGUGGUAGCAGAGGCAGAGGACUCGCAUGUUGCUGUUGAUGAUGAUGUUGCCGCCGCUGACGUGGACACAGACACCCCUGUGGAGACGCCAGUGGACCCCCCACAGCAGGGAGCCAAUCCUGAAGAUGCGGAGCCUGCGGAGGAAGCCCAGGCCCAGGCUGAGGACUCCGACACCCCAGCAGUAGCCGCAGAGGAGGCCCAGGAGGAACCAGCGACCGGCGGCCAGGCUGAGGACACUCCCGCCGGGGAGGCUGCCGUCUUGACGGACGCCCCUGCUGCUGAGGAAGAGGAAGAGGACACACCAGCGGCUGAGGAAGAGGACACACCAGCGGCUGUGGAGGACACCCCUCUUGCUGCUGACGCAGACGCCGCUGUAGAUGGAGACAGUGACACAGAGGUGGUGGCCGCCGAUGCUGAUGCCGCUGUUGCCGAUGGUGAUGGUGCUGGUGCUGGUGCUGAUGCUGGCCUCGGUGGCGACCUGUGGGAGAACCUCAUCCCGGAGGAGGAUGGAGAGGAGGACAUCAUGGCGCCGCUGCCCGAGGCGGACGAUGCGGACGACGGCGGCUGGGGCAUUGGCUCCAUCAGGAGCAGCUUCCAGGCCGUCAACGGAUACUUUGACUCACUGGUGGAGAUGGUGGGCGGCCGCAACGGCGUGUGUCAAUACCGCUGCCGAUACGGUAAAACCCCCUACCCCCGGCCAGGCUUCGUGCUUCCAGAGCCCAAUGGCUGCAGCUCUUCUCUGCUUGGAUUCGAGUUCGACCUGGGCAUCCCGGCCAUGACCAAGUGCUGUAACCAGCUGGACGAGUGCUACGACACCUGCGGCUCCAGCAAGAACCGCUGCGACUCCAAGUUCCGCUGGUGCCUCCACGGCAUCUGCUCCGAGCUCAAGAAGAGCCUGGGCUUCGUCUCCAAGGUGGAAGUGUGUGAGUCUAUGGCGGAUGCGAUGUACAACACCGUGUGGACGCUGGGCUGCAGGUCCUACAUGAACAGCCAGAGGGCAGCGUGCUUCUGCGAGGGAGAGGAGAGGGACGAGCUGUAGUGAAACACACACACACUAGAGAAGAGGGACAAGAUGUGACACUGAUUUGCACCAACAUUGAGCCACAGACACACUGGCACACAAAUACAGACUCACAGACACACACACACACACACACACACACACACACACACACACACACACACACACACACACACACACACACACACACACACACACACACACACACACAUAGGAGGAGAGUGAUGAACUUUGAGUCGUGCAUCCUCUAAUGCUCCUCCUGCAGUACACAGACCCACCACUUGAGGGAGCCCUCAGCAUGCUACAGAAUUACAUGGGAUUACAGGACUGCACCAUUCAACAGAGAACAGAGCCACACACACACA